GAAUUGGAUCUUUCGUCGAACAUAAUUUCAACAGUUGAAGAAGACAGUUUUGUGCUUUUCCCAAAUCUGUUAAAUCUAUCGCUCAGCCGCAACGCAAUGUUAAAUUUAACGAGACAGAUGUUCACCGGACUCUAUAGUUUGCGCUCCCUGUCUGUUUCAGAUAACUAUAUCAACUUUAUUGCCAAUGACACAUUUGAUGACCUGGAAGCGCUGGUCACCCUUGACAUUAGUUUCAAUUAUAUGACCUAUAUGGGUCAUGAUACUUUGCCUGCUCGUUUGUUCCUCCACUUAAAUAAUCUUGAACAAUUGUACAUUAACAGAAUCUGUGACGUUGGACAAUUCUUUUGUGUAACAUACCCCAAUAAAGCACUUCAAGUGUUAACGAACCUAAAACUUCUGAGCAUCGACGGGGCAGAUAGACGUGGCUUAGGACCAGAAAUUAAGAGCCUUGUACACUUGAGGCAUUUGAUAAUAACAUAUCCAGAAACAGAUAACUCUACUGACGAAUCCUAUUUUGAUAACGUGCCUUUCAUAACGACGCUACAAUUGUCUAGACCGUUAAUAAAUCUCAAGGCGUUUACAAAGCUUAAAAACCUGGUUAACUUUACAUACUACUUGCACUUCGGAUCUCGUGUAAUAAACAUAUGUCAGGUUUUGAGUGACAUUCAAUAUUUGCAGAAUUCUUCUUUGAAUUAUUUAACAUUGCGUCAAGUCAAUGACAGAGGAUGUGGUUGCAAAGAACUCGGAGCCAAAGACGCCCAGUACUUAGCAAUGCUAAAGUUGGUUGAGCUUGACCUGUCUGAGAACUACCUUGUUUAUCUGAGUCCAGAUUUUAUAGUGAUGCUACCGGCAUCGUUACAGAAGAUUGAUUUAAGUAGGAACGGGUUGUCGUUUCAAAUAGCUCACAGUUUCCAUAAAUUCCCUAAAGAACUCAUCGAAUUAAACCUAAACAAUCAGUACAAUGAUUAUUAUCCAUGCCAUGAUGAUGCUGCGAUUAGUUCACGUCACAUGGCGAAUCUGUUGAACGGGGAUGAAAAUGAGCAUUCCUCAAACCUCUCUUUCGUUUCUGCUUUUAAAGAAUCGGGAAAGUCCUUUACACUGCAAAACCUCAAACGCAAAAUGAAAUCUCAAAAUACAGACACCAUCGAAUUUUCAAAAGACUGUCUCCCUCCUAAAUUACGAAUUUUACGGGGAGACAAUUUUAGAGAAUUGGGAAUUUUUCUGACCAAUUACUGCUCUUUAUUAUCUGUUUACUCGCUGAGGGAGGUAAAUCUUGCUGGAUGUGAUUUUAAAACUUGGGCUCUUAAUAAUUUACUGCGUGACAUUGAAAUAGCAAAUUUUAACAGCAACUACGCUUCACGUUUUAGCUCCUAUUUCUUCCUAGAUCACAGCUCAUUGAAGUACCUCUCAUUUUCAAAUAAUUUAUUGGGAGCUGAUUUUCGAUACGUUAACGGCAGUUUUUUUUCCGCAAACGCGAAGGAACUCAUUGCCCUUGACAUGUCGAGAAAUUUAAUUACCCAACUGGCAAAUGAUUACUUUAACAAUCUGGUGAAACUUCAAAUGUUAGACAUUUCCAAAAACCAACUUCAGAUGAUAAACAUCAGUUUUGCACACAUGACUGAAAUAAGAAUUCUUGACUUCAGUGGAAACUCAAUAACAUCGUUAAGUAAGCAAUCUCAAGACGAGCUUGACUCCAUAGCAUCCGACCAUCGGGUGUACCUCGAUUUGACCUCUAACCCCUUACCUUGCACGUGCGAAGGAAUUGAGCUGAUGAAAUGGAUGACCUUGACCAAUGUUUAUCUUCUGAACCAGGAUUUCCUUGUUUGUAGGAAUGAGUACGACCAAGUGUUGGAAAUUGGAGAUCUCGUCCAACGUGUGGACACCUUACAGCGUCAGUGUGCUUCAAAAACUGUCAUAAUUCUCACCUGCGUUUUUUCUUUUAUUGUAUUCGGUAUUUUGCUGCUCACUUCCUUGAUGUAUCGAUACCGGUGGAAGCUGCGAUAUUUACGGAGCAUAGCUUUGGUCAAACUGUUGGCCUCCAGACCCAGCGCUGUCAGGAUCGGGUACAAAUUCGAUGCGUACAUUCUUUACUCAGACGACACCAGGAGAUUUGUCUUACGUGACUGUGUUCGCGAGCUAGAAGAGAAAAGAGGUCACCGUCUGUGUAUUGAGGACAGAGACUUUUUACCGGGUACCUACAACGUGUCCAACAUUGUCAGCGGGGUGCAGAACAGUGCCAAGACUGUUGCCAUGGUAACACCGGAGUUUUACCAAGAAGAGUAUUCCGAGUAUGGCGUCAAGAUGGCGCUGAUGGAAGAAAUCUUUAUGCACCGUUCCGUGCUCUUCCUGUGCAUGUACGAGCCAACCGAUAAUACGCGUUUGUCACGUGACCUGCUCACCGCCAUGAAACAAAAUAACUACAUUGAAUUGCCACCAAGAGAUGACGCAUCUGAUGAAAUGAUGGAUGACAUUUGGAAUCAGUUC